CGAACACACAAAGCUGAUUUACGUCUGUUUAGUUGACGCUUUUAUUUUGAAGGGCACGACCCGGAAAUCCUGUUAACUUUUUGCGAUGACGUGACACCGGUCACACAAGCCGGAUUCUUCAAAGCUGGAAACGGUGUUUUCAUCCAGGAAAUACGCAGGAAACAUGGAUCUCCUGGGAAAAGUGGAAAUCUACAUCCCAACGGAGGCGGAGGUGAAAAGCUUCCCCAUGUGGAGUUUACCCAAAUCGGUGCUUAGACGAAUCGGCCUCCCCGUGUCCGUCCCCGAGGACGCCGGGACGCUCGCAGACUCCCCAGAAGGCAUAUGCAUAUGUCCAGCGAUCGUACGGAGGAAAGGUCAGAAACUUGUCUCCCACACGGGAAACGGCGGUACAGCACACACGUCGCUGCUGCACACUUCCGAGUUCCGGUCGGGACAGAUGUCCUUCGUCUGUCCCAACCGGACAGCCUACAGGGUGCUGAAGGACACCAUGCCGGGGAAAAUGGUCCCUGGACCCACAUCGCACACCUCCCAGUUACCCCAGGGCUCGGCACCGGAUAAGUACGAGGACUCCGUCGUCAUCUACCGGGGACACGUUUACCUGUCCACCAGGAGGUCCAAUCACAGCCGCCGCGAGAGACGAGAGACACGGGAGCCAAAGCCUUCGUCCCACGCUGCCGCUCCAGAUGGCCCAAAGAAGAGGCGGCGUCGGUCCCCCCAGGCUCAUCCUCAUCCUGGUCCUGGUCCUGGUCCUGAUCCUGAUCCUGCAGACCAAGAACUACAUAGGAAGAAACUGCGAGUCACGUUGCCCCAAACCUCCCAAAAACCACUGAAGUCUCUUCUCCCCGAAACAGAGAGUCAGUCUACCACGGACCAGGAGCUGCGCCGCCACGACAACACGCCCGCCGCGUGCAACGUAACACCCGGUGAACACGAGAAGGAGAGUCUCUUCACGCACAACAACGUCGACGUGUCGUCGUCCACAGCUGCACAUUCACCUGCUGGUGGAGAGCAGGCGGCGGAGGAGGAGGAGGCAGCCGGCACAGAGCCAGCGUGGUGUCAGCCUCCUCCAGACGUGGAGGUGGAGGAGGAGGAGGUCAACGACGACGGGGCUGACUGUGAGCUACCGGACCCGGACUACGAAGACGUUGAACCCGACUAUCUCCAUAACGAGGAGGUUCUGGGUGUCUCUGAGCAGAGAGAGUCUCGGGGUGCAGCCUCCACGUCGCUGCAGGUGGAGUACGACUUUAAGGAGCUGGCGGAGGAGGAGAAGAUCGCCAGGAUGAAGGCCAAACUCAGACAGAGCGAAGCGGCCCUGCUUCGAAUGACAGAGGCAGAGUGAUCGGCGUUACACGCUCACGAUGACACACUCACGAUAGGAUGUUCACCUCAACCACGGCCGCAACCUACGAUUAAUUUUAUAAUCGAUAGUUAAGGCUGGGUACCGAAUUUGAUUAGUGUGUCUGUGUGUGUGUGUGUCUGUGUCUCUGUCUGUCUGUUUGUGUGAGUCUGGUGUGUGUCUGUGUGUUGUGUGUGUGUGUGUGUGUGUGUGGUGGUGUGUGUCUGGGUCUGUCUGUUUGUGGUUGUUGCUGUGUGUCUGUGCUGUCUGUGUGCGUGUGUGUCUUGUGUCUGUGGUCUGCCUGUGUGUGGUGUGUGUUGUGUCUGUGUGUCUGUGUCUGUCUGUCUGUGUGGUGUGUGUCUGUGUCUGUGUCUGUGGUCUGUCUGUGUGCGUGUGUGUUCUGUGUGUGGUGUGUGUGUCUGUUGUGUGUGGUGUGUCUGUGUCUGUCUGUGUGGUGUCUGUGUGUGUGUGUGUGUCUGUGUGUGUGUCUGUGUCUGUCUGUCUGUGUGUGUCUGUGUCUGUCUGUGUGCGCGUGCGUGUGUGUGUUACAUUCAUGCUUUCAUACACGUAAGCCAAGUUUCGUUAUGGCUUGAUCUGUCUAUUUAUGUUGUUGAAGAACCAGUUACGUAUUCUGCUCAUUUUCAGUUUAAUAGCUGUAUUUUGAGGUCGUACCAGAAUUGGUUUACAUGGCAAAAAUUGGUAAAAAAGGAAGAUCUGUGUUUCCUAAAGUGAGACGACGUCCUCAAAUGUCUUGUUUUGUCCUUCAAUCAAAGAUACUCGUUUACUGUCACAGAGGAGAGAAGAAACUAGAACGCAUUCACGUGGAAUUUUUUCUUUUUCUAAUAAAAAAUGACUCAAACUGAUCAAUCAUUUAUUAAAAUACUUGGCGAUUAAUUUAAUAGUUGUCAACUAAUCGAUGGGAAUGCUUCUCAUAAUGUGGACAUUGUAUGUAGAUGAAUGGGACUUGUCCUCAAUUUUUGUUUUUCGGGACACGUCUCUUAGCCCUCCUGUUGUCCUCGGGGUCAAAUUGAGCCGUUUACAAAAUAAUUAUAUAUCCCAACUACGACCAAAGAAGGUUGAAAAAAGUGACAAAUGUUGGAAAAAGCUUCAAAAACGCAAGAAAAAUUUGACAAAAACAUUUUUUUUAUUUUUUAUUUAUUUAUUUAUUUUAACGCUGAAAAAAGUGACCAAACAAAAUCGGAAAAAUCCCCAAAAACUUGUUAAAAAGAAGUGACAAAAAUUGGUAAAUGUGAGGAAAAAAAUUGUAAAAAAAAAAAAACUACAAAAACGUGAUAAAAGUGACAAAAAACUUGAAGAAAAAUCUGCAAAAACGUUGAAAAAAACCCAUCAAAAUGUUGAAAUUUCGACCCAGAAAACAGGUUUGACGGGAAAACGACACAAGGGUUAAAUUUAAAAAGACGUCUGAUUUCUGGCGUCUGGACGCCGGACGUCACUCCAACCUAUCCAAUCGUUGGACUCAGUUUCCCAGGAUGCUUUGCUUCGGCUGGUGUUCCUCUGAUGAACUAUUAUGUUGCCUCAAACGUACAAUAUAUCACGUUUAAUGUACAAUUUUGGGACCAACUGUUUGAUAUUUAGUUACUUUUUCACAUGAAGUCUCCUAGGAUACUUUAUUUAUAUUAUAUAAUAUUUGUAUUU